AUGGCCGAACCUCCCGUGUUGCAGACUGGCCCAUGCUCUCAAUUCGUCCAGACCAAAGACAGUAUCGCUAAGAAGUUUGCGAAGAAGUUAGGACAAUGCUGGCAUUGUCGAGAUGGUCGCCCUCAGCAAUGCGCGUUCUACAUUGUCGACGAGUACGGGGCUAUCGUUGAGCAGCGCUCCUUCCGAGUAUCGGCCGCACCCAACUACACAUUACUGGAAGUCAUUCUACAGGGUCACUCUGCGCGCGCGAAGGUGAAGUUCAGGUCCGCGCCGCCGAAUUUGACUCGCCAGAUCGUCUGGGAGCUGCUGAGAGGCUGCUUGCUAAUCAAAAAGGAACUCGAAAAGCAUCGCGAUCUGCGCAAGACAUGCAAAGCCGUCAUUCCGUGGACGCCGCGACUUGAUGGCCAUCGUUCUACGUGUGACAUAUGCGGGGCCUCUCUAUUCUGCUGCGUACAGAUGUGCAGACUCUGUGCUCGAGAGGUCUGCGGAGACUGCAUAGACGAGGACCGUCUAUCUGGUGUUCAAUGCUCCAUAAUCAAGAUCAAGAAGAAACAGAAGCAUAUACAUGACCUCGUUCUGCUCGACAACUUCGAGGUCGGCGAGCUCGAAGCGGCCCUCCUGUUCUACAAGCAGGUUCCAUCCCGCGUACCUAUUCCACGUCCCCUUCCAUGUAGAGAGCCUCUCAGGCUUACUGUGGGGGAUGAGGCUGCUCCCCUUACAUAUUCUGCCAUAUAUCGCUCACUUGCUGCCGGCACACCUAUCAUGGUGUCUGGUAUCAACCCCGGCGAACGAAAUCUCACUCCGGAAUAUUUUAUACACCACCACGGAGACACCAUGGUUACGCUUACCAAUACGAAGACCGAUGCGCAGCGCGUGGUUCCGCUCGUCGAGUUCAUGGACAAGUUUGGCAGGCCAUCGGACCCCGAGAAUCCCGAGAAGCUCCAGGACUGGCCGCCGACAGAAUUCUUCGCUACAGAGUUCCCCGAGAUCUACGGGAUCUUUGAAGACUGCCUUGUAGCUCCCUGGAUUACGUCGAGGAGAGGCCCGCUCAACAUGGAAAUGAACAUGCCAGUGGAUGCGUGCCCGCCGGAUACGGGACCGAAGGCGUAUCUCGCUCACAGCGCGGGGGGUGGUACUACUACCCGUCUGCAUUGUGACGUCACUGAUGCCGUCAACAUGCUCUUUCAUGAGGAGGACGGUCCAGAGUGUGGUGCCCAGUGGACCAUGAUAGACAGGGAUGAUAUGGCCGUGGCGGGGGAUCUGUUGCGCAAGUGGAAGGCUGGCUCCUUCAAAGGGCAUCCAAUUCACUCUCAACAGAUCACUCUCACGGACAAAGAUGUUGAAGACUUGCGGAGGGCUGGUGUGCACGUCUGGACCCUUAUCCAGAGGCAGGGCGAUGCAGUAUUCAUCCCUGCUGGAGUGGGUCACCAGGUCACGAACCUCAGCUCAUGCAUCAAGAUCGCAGUCGACUUCAUAACAGCAGCUAACAUCGCUUACUCGCAACGCAUCGGUCAAGAGUUGCGAGAACAUCGCCUCGCCACACCCGAGAAUAUGGGAGAAGACAUUCUACAGCUCUCUUCCAUAUGUUGGUGGACAUUCAAACGAUGCCAGAUGGAAGACUUGGUCAAUACACGCGCGGAUCUUGCUUCGGACCCCUGGACAUCCAACUACUCCGCCGCUCCUGCAUACAUACCACAUGCCCUGCGCGAUGACGGUCUCGCUGGUCGUAGGCUCCAGGAGCUUGAAGACACGACCACCAGGUCGACAUCCGAUUAUAAUAUGCACUCUCCCACGUUUGACACAGCGGCGUUCUAUAAUACGCCUGAUGCGGAAGAAGCAAAUGGCAUAGCAUCGGGUGAGGGUUCUACUUCUCGGCAAUCUAUAGUGGCCAGCUAA